GAAGACGGAAAAACCGAACCGAUGUGCGCCCUAUAAUCGGUUGCCCUCGACUGGAAUCCUCGAACAUCCUUCACUUACUUCUCCACACACGAGGAGCGAAACACAGAGUGGUUUAAAGAUGGACCCGAACACCGUGAAGUCGACCCUUUCAAAUUUAGCAUUUGGAAAUGUAAUGGCCGCUGCUGCUCGUGAUUAUCAAAAGGAAUUGCUUGCUCAAGAGAAAUCUCAGACAUCAAAUUCUAACAACGAGGAAGUUGACCUUGACGAGUUGAUGGAUGAUCCAGAGCUGGAAAAAUUGCAUGCAGAUAGAAUUGCAGCUCUCAAGAAGGAAGCUGAGAAGAGGGAAGCAAUGAAGAGACAAGGGCAUGGGGAAUACAGAGAAAUAACUGAAGGAGACUUUUUGGGAGAAGUCACCGGGAGUGAAAAAGUGAUUUGCCACUUCUAUCAUCAUGAAUUCUACCGCUGCAAGAUUAUGGAUAAGCAUUUGAAGACUCUUGCACCAAAACAUUUAGACACAAAAUUCAUCAAGCUAGAUGCAGAGAAUGCACCCUUCUUUGUUACCAAACUUGGAAUCAAGACUUUGCCUUGUGUUAUUCUCUUCAGGAAAGGCAUUGCUACAGAUAGGCUUGUUGGGUUCCAAGAUUUAGGUGGAAAAGAUGAUUUCAGUACAAAGACACUAGAAAUUUUAUUGACAAAGAAAGGUUUCAUCAGUGAGAAAAAGGAUGAAGAGGAAGACGAGUACGACGAAAGUAGGCGAAAGGCGGUGAGAUCUUCUACCAACGUCGAUUCCGACUCAGAUUAGGCAACAGAGUUUGUUUGCCUUCAUUAAAUUACAAAGAUAUGUGUAGAAAUUAAUGUUCUGUCAACAUGUUGAGUAUUUUGUAAGUGAACUCCCAAAUCAAACAUAGUCUACAAGCUAUUGUCAUUGAAGUAUAAUUAUUUUUUUUGUACGGAGAGCAUGGGGCUCGAACUUUUGACCUCAAAUACUGAAUUAUAUCUUAAUUAUUGUUGUACUAUACUCAUAUUUAAAAA